AUGCGUAUUCGCCUACAGCCUCGCAGGAGACCACAAGGUAAGCGACCCCCAGGUAAGCUGAAUGUUGCCCUGUUGUCUUUGCCCGCUCACCAUCUUCAUUUCAGCAAUGAGCUAGCUCAACGGCUAGACAACCUUCCAAUCGCUGCCGCCGCCACCGACGCCGCCGCCGCUGCCGAGAACGCCUCCGUGGAGAACCGCUGGUGUCAGCUGCGAGACACAGUCCAGUCGACGGCGCUAUCCGUCCUCGGUCGCGCUCCCAGCCAACACCAGGACUAG